AUGGCAAGCCCGGCGCCCAAGCGGGGCUCAAUCAGCACGAUGCUGUCUGCUUCAAGGCAUUAUGCAGGACUCCACCUUCCUGAGAUCCAUCCCGAGUUCCGGUCUGACAUGACCCAGCUGUCGAAAGUCUCGCGGCCAAGGAUGCAGACCAUUUGGGGCAUGAAGGUGGAGUGGGCCCUUCGAACAUCCUUCGCUGCAGCGCUGACUGCGACUUAUGCCGUGCACCCCGAGGUCCAAUCGGCUGACUGGGACCACGCCACAGUCUUCGCACCUGUACUGGCAAUUGCCUGCGUCUCUGGACCGAAUCUAGGCGCGACGCUCCACCAUGCCUGGCAGAUGUGGACGGCCACUGUGAUUGGAUGCUUUGCAAGCAUGGUGGUGAACGAAACCCUACGGCCUGUGCAGCCGGCGUGGCUACGAGAACUGUUGACGUGCUUUCUUUUCCUGCUCACGGUCUUCUUCUUGUGCUCGCGACCUUGGGCACUUGUCCAAAAGCGAGUGUCAGUGGGCGUGAUGCUCUGCGGAACAAUCCCGAUGUCUGUCUCCGGCCAUGAGAAAGAAUGGUGGUUUCCGUGGACGACGGGCACUCCUUGCACGGUGGGUCUGUUGGCUUCGGUGUUGGCAAUGCUCCUUCCCGUGCCCCACUUCGCAUACCGGGAACUGCGACGGCGCUUGGCCCACCAGGCCGCGACACAGAGACAAGUUCUCCAGUGUCAGUACCAUUCGGUGGCUUCGGCCUCCCGGGCCCAGCACGUGGCGGCCGCCCACUUGCUCGAGGGCUUCCGAGAUAACCUUGCUGCCAUGCGAGGUCUGCUGAGUGCGGCACAGCAUGAGCUGUUCCUUUGUCCGAGACGGUAUGGGCGGCUCAAGCGUUCCGUCACCUUCUUCGAAACCCAGCUGACAGCCUUGCGGUCUCUUCAAGUUACGGCUCAGUCAAACACAGGCAUCAAUUCUGCGACCCACGUCAAGUUUCAGAAGGUAACGGACUCUUCGUGGCGGGCAAGCCUGAAGGCUGUCGCUGAUGCUGUCAACGAGGUUGUCACAGCCGAAGCAGAGCAGCCUUUUGAUGAGAAUCUGGCUUCUGAACUGGAAGCUGCGCAGAAAGCGCUGGAUGAUGAUGUGGCCAAUGCCAGGGCGGAGAUCGUGUACCCGCAAGGAUCUCUGUACAACGAAGACGAACACAACGCGGACCACUUCGUAGAGCACAUCAAUCGCAUGGCGAGCUACUUCGCUCUGAACGAGCUGAUCGUUGCAUGCGUAAAGAUGUGCAAGCUGCCUGCUGCCGUGCACCCACCCGCCAGGCGGAGGCUGCUCCAAACUGCUGGUCGCGUGAGAAGAUGGCUCUCCAUGCCAUCGCUGGCGAUGGCAAAGGAGGCCUUCAAGAAGACACUGUCACUGGGAGUGCUGUCUAUCUUCGCGUGGAUUCCUGAGAUGCGAGAGGGGCGACCUGAAUUUAUGUGGGGCUUCAUUGCGGCGUGCUUCGUAUUCUCAGACAAUGAGGGCUCAUCCAUUAACACCGGCAUCGGGCGCAUUGUUGGAACCUUAUUUGGAGGAAUGGUUGGACUGAUCGCCCUCAACUGCCUGUCGCAGUUGAAUGUGCAGCACUACGAGACUGGCGGUCUUGUCGUAUACGUCAUCGUCUGCGUGUCGUGGACCACCUUCUGCAGCUUGAUGCGGUCAUCGCCGAGACACGGAUACACUGCCACGGUGGCGGGCUUCAGCAUCUACAUCAUGGUAGUCGGGAAGUUGGAGUCCUUCGGCCAGAAAACUGCUCAUGAUGUGGUGCUGCACCGCAUCCAAGAGCAGUUCAUUGGGGCCUCGGUUUACAUCCUGGUUGAGAUGCUCCUGUGGAGACGAUCUGCAAGGGAGAAAGUCAACGACGAGCAGCUGUCCAUCCUCAGGGCCAUUCAGACAAGCUUCAAGACGGCAGUGGCACCCCACCUCGCCUUUAUCGCAAAGCAGGAAAGCAAAGUAGGCUCUCUGAUCGAGACCGCCAAGGCGGAGCGAGCAGGGAAUCAGGCCGUCGAAACAGCGAAGAGCGGGCUUGUGGCUGCCAGCUCUGAGCCCACCUUCUGGAGCAAAAGCUUCCCGUUCUCCCAGUACCAGCGCCUGCUGCACAGCGAGGAGAAAGCUUUGCGUUUAACCCAUACGCUGGCCGCUGCCACUCGCGACGCAGCGAUCGAAGAAAUCGACGAGAUGGUUCCAACCUUGGUCGCGAGCUACUCGGCUGCUGCAAGCAAGUCUCUGGAAGCAGUGAUCAAGAAGAUGGAGCAGUGGGAAGCCAUGGGCAACUCGCUUUGCGAGAUCUGUCGGUUCACCGUCGACAGUGGCGCCCAUGCCCAUGGAACACUGGACUUGGAGUCCACGUUGCCCGAGUCCGAGGUCAUCGCUGCAGCCCUGGCGCUCUUCGACCUGCAAAAUGCCGAUGGGCUCCUGCGAAUAGGCGCGAGCAAGCACUUCGAGAGGUUUGUCGCGACUCACAAGCCAACCUCGAACAGCUACGCGCUGUCCGUCAAUGCCAUGCUCUUCUGCCUCCUGAACUUCACCGCCACGAUGGUGGAGCUGGGAGAUCGGCUUCGUGUUGUGCAAGCCACUGAGCGGGCUGUUUUGCAUGCGUAG